UCAUCAGGCCGUUUCCUGAAGCCAUUUCUAGACGGGGCAAACGAGAGUUGCGCUACUUUUUAAUCCGUUGCAUCUGCCUAAAUGCACGUUCACAAGGACAAAUACUUUUCAUUAGUCGAUAAUUCAGACAUUUGUCUUUACUUUCGUCUGAUUAUUUUUGUGACUAUCGCGGCGGAUUAGCAGCCUUGUGGGCUCGAAAGUUCGGAGACGAGAAAAGGGGGUUGCCCUGUAUACGCAAGAUGAGAAGAGGGAUCUCCUCGGCUCCGGACAAAGUGAUUUUAGCGGGGGUUGGGGGCUCUCCUCUGGACAAUAAUAUAAUUUUAACAGCUCUAUCGGAUCGUUUAAACCCCGGUCAAGCCAAUGCUACGUAUAUCCAAAUAAUAACCACACCGCCGCCUUGCAACGUUACACAGACAUCAAGUGUGUGUUUAUCCGAGCCUCAGAUCAACAACAUUUACACAACUCCACAACAAGCUGCAGCAAACGGAGCAGGACAGCGACCGGCUCUGGGAAGACCCCCGGCGAAAAGACGGUUAGCGCUAGAUGAUUCAGACCACCAGUACCAGUCAGAACCAGCCAGAACUCCAAGAGGUAGAGGAGGUGGAGCUGCAGCAGCCAAUGGUGCCCGACUAAAGACGCCCAGAACGCCAAAGUCUCCAACAGAGAAGACGCGGUACGACACGUCCCUAGGCCUGUUGACAAAGAAGUUUGUGGACCUUCUUGCUCAGUCUUCUGAUGGCGUUCUGGACCUCAACCUUGCUGCUGAAACCUUACAGGUACAGAAAAGACGACUGUAUGAUAUCACCAACGUACUAGAAGGUAUUCAUCUCAUCAAGAAGAAAUCAAAGAACAACAUUCAGUGGAUGGGCUGUAGUCUGUUGGAGGUAGAGGGGGCACUGAGCCAGAGACAAAGACUAACCGCCGAAGUUUCUGCACUGGCUGAAGAAGAGCAGAGGCUCGAACAACUCAUCCAGAGAUGCAGCCUGGACGUGCGAAACAUGAGCGAGUUGACAAGCAACCAGAAAUAUGCUUAUGUAACAUACCAAGACAUGAAGCAGCUGGGGAACCUCAGAGACCAGACUGUUAUUGUCGUCAAAGCGCCUUCUGACACCAAACUUGAAGUACCAGAUCCUGAUGAGUCUUUAUCUAUUCAUCUGACCAGCACCAAGGGUCCUAUAGAAGUCCUGCUCUGCCCGGAUGAGGAGAAUGACCCUAAGAGCCCAAUAAAGAAUGGCAACACAGACAUCAAUGGGAACUCACCCUUUGUCAAAGUCCUCCAAGAUCCCAGCUGCACAGCCACUUCUCCCAGCUCCUUCCUGGCUCCGCCGUCGUCUUCCUCAGCCGUCUCCGUCACAACGCUCUCCCCCAUCUCGUCCCCUUACACCAGUCUCCUCCAGCAGACAGAAGACCAGAUCCCUUCAUCCUUGGGGCCUUUCUUAAACCUCGGGCCUCCUCUCCUGGACCAAGACGACUACUUGUUAGGUUUGGGAGAUGAUCAGGGAAUUAGCGACUUGUUUGACAACUGUGACUUUGAUAAAAUGCCCCCACUUGUGCUGGAUGAUCUCCUGUGUAGCUAGCAGUUGCUAAAAGAAACGGAUGGGGACGAAACACUGGGGGCUAAAUACUAUGAUCUUCAUUAUGUGUGUGUGGUAAAUGCCCUGGUCAGUGUGAAGCCUCUUCUGUCUUUUCUUUCUUUUCUUUUUUUUAUUUUGGAAGUGGAUGGUGAAUUACAUUUAUGAACAGGAAGGAAGUAAGAGUAUUCAUCUCUAUGUAUGAUGCAGUGUUACAGAGAGAACCGACAGGGACAGCCUAAAGGAACACGCCUGGGGUUAGCCUACAUCCUGGGUAGUUGAGUUCAGCAUAACCAUAGGUAGACUCUUCAAGGGCCGUUGCUAAAUCUCCACGGAUCAUAUCUGUAAACGUGUUCUGGCAGGUACACGAUGGGGCCGAUUUUCUCGUCGGGUGCGCAGACUCUUCCGGGUAAACUUCAAGAUUCGUCAACGCCGAGUGUAGAAGAGCGGAGUCUGGUUUCAUCCUAUUACUCCUGUUAAUCUGAAGGCUCACACCGCCGGACCGUUAAAUAGACGUGCGUUAGGUGCAACACUUCAAAUCAAAUCAGCUCUAAAGAGAGAACAGUUGGUGCACAGUGUUCACGACUGGAGUUCAUAACUUGGGGUCGGACAGGUCGAGGCUUUGGUCGCCUCACAUAUUUGGCCUUCUGAAUAUUAUCUAGUUAAUACGAGGGUACAGUUAGUCACUAUUCUCCAUUGACAAGCUGCAUGGACGACUCAUUGUGGAUUCUUCAGUAGCUCAAUUUCAAAUCUUAACUAGAACGUCAAAAAAAAAAACAAUAGUGUCCAUUUUAAAUGUUCGUAAACAAGACCGGUGUGCAUCAGUCCAUCGUCUACUAAUCAAGUGGGCAACUGCAGUUUAUAUGAUAUGGUAAAAAUGUUCACCAUAUGAGAAGAAAAAGCCAUCGUCUCCGCGUGAUGCGGGCUUCGGCGAAACUCCUGAAACACAGAUCGGGCCUGUUUGGAUGCAUGCUGUGUACACUUUCCGAAUUCGUUCGUUCCUGUUUCCUCCAUCCCACUUCCCCUAAUGCCGCCUCGGUUUAGACUGUUCCUUCGCAACUAUACUGUAUACUGAGCUAAUGAGACAAAUUAGAGUUUUGAAUCAUUUGCCACUCAGUGCACUGUGAACCGAAGCAGUGAGCAUUAGAUUUUUUUUCUUUUUUUUUUUUUUUAGGUUCACUAUCUUAAAUUUUAAUAGAUUUUAAUAGGCUAGAAAUAACUAAUGACUCCGUGGUCGCGUAAGCAACACAUGACUACAUAGCCACUAACUGAGACUUCAGCAUGUAAUGAAGGGCUUUUUUUUCCUGUUAUUAUUUAAAAUAAAUAAAUAAAAUAAAGGAAAAAAUAAAAAAAUAAAAAAUACAACUGAAUUUAGUGCAACCAAGCCUUAAUGUCAUGUUGUUUGGAGCCACUGAAGCUCUGAGUAGUGUUUCAUCAAGAAAAGCUAAAGUGUGUGUGUGUGUGUGUGAUGGAUGUGUUUUAUCUAACGGUAUUAGGAACACAACGGCUUCUGAUAGCUUGUGUUUUAUUACAUCCCUGAUGUUAAAGGUAAUACUGCUGCUGUUAAAUUUUCCCCCCGAUCUGAUUGACACGUGCUCGGUUAAUUGCGUGCGUUGGUCUCGUCAGAUCGAAGCUCGCUCAAGAGCGAGCCGUACCGGGUGUAAAUUCAUGUACAGUUUUCUAAUUUCUUUUUUUUUUUUCCUCUUCCAGUGCACAAGGUACCGUAGGCUACCUCUCACUUAAAGUCGGGCAGUAGCAGUAGGGCGUAGAGGUUAAUGCCAUAGCGUGUAUGAAUAUUUGAAUUCCCUUGUCAAGGACUUUAUUACCCUUGUAUUAUUUAGCAGUGAUGUCGCGUGUUACAUCGCACUUUGGUUUUCCGAUGCGUGGGAGGUUCCACUUAUGCCCCAAUAUUAUAAACAUAACACAUUUUGCUCAAACCGGUCACAUGAUAAAUUUGAAUAAUGGGAUGCACAUUUGAAGAGUAGUUAACUUGAAAAAUAUAUUGCAAUAUUUUAUUUUAUUUUGGUUGGUUCUUUGAAUUCUUUUCUAUAAGUUAUUAAGUUCUUUUGUCAUUUUUUUUUUUCCUUCCCUAAAAUGCCGAGUGUCUCUCAGACUCCAAAACAAGAACGCAUUCAAUACCGCAUGCAGUCAUUCGGCCUAUCUGCCACUUCACUGGUCGUUGUGAGGCGUUUCUGCGCCUGCAGACACCACUGAACCGGGAUCAGCGAUUUGGUGGUGCUCUGCUGAAGUGCGCAUUUUUUGCUUUUGUGACACUGUGUGUCCGUUUUGUUGUAAUGUUGUGAGGGAGUCUGAUGUUCUUUUAAAUAUUUCUGCUUUUUUUUAUUUUUUUUUUUUUUAACAUUUCGUUAAAGCGGCAAUCUCCAAGAUCGUGGUUUCGUUUCCUUUUCUCCCCCUUUUAGACCUUCUGAUAAGCGACGUUCGCGCCUGCAGUGUCCACUUACUGUCUCGUUGUCAAGCGUGAACCCUGCAGACUGCUUUGUAAGGCAUCACUACUUGUGUGUGCAGCUUUGUCAUUUUGGGUGAUCUGAAUAUUGCACAUGCAGGGUUUCUUUUUUUUUUCUCAUAUCAUCUCAUCAGUGGGCUACAGGCUCAGUCAUCGCGUCGUUACGUCAUCUGGUGACAGAUCUUUGAGAUUGCCGCUUUAAAACCGCUUGGCCGUUCAGUUGAGGAGGUGAUUCAGUUUCUUAGUCAGCUUUACUUGAAUUAUACGUAUUAAGAACUACAACCAGAGAUGGAUGACAUUGGCCCUGAUUCACAGAAUACAAAUUCCCUAUAGGUAUAUUUAUAUCAACGUAUUUACUAACCACAGUGCCACUCCUUACAGUUCCAACAGUUAUAUUUUUCCUCAAUCUGUUCCGAGCAACCAGAAUUAACUGGUUGGAAUAUUUUAUCUCCUUUUACGUGAUGGAAACAUGAUUGUACCUUUCCAUAAGUUUCUAAUGGAAUGUCAUUGAUUUUAACGCACCGCUAAAGCUGCUGUCUGGUAUAAUUGGUGAUUUAAAUUUGCUGCUCCGUCAUUUCCGAUGUUUGAUCCUGAUGUGCUCACGGAAACAUAUCAUUCGACAUAGUGCGUUGUUAGCUACAGUCCUGAUUAUAACCACAUUGUUUUUCUGUUUUUUUUUGUUGUUGUUUUUCCCCCUGCCGUUUUCUUAUGGGUGUGCUUAAGCUGUUACCAAAUACAAUAAACUGAUCCAUAAAAUAUACUGUAAUGGCUAUUGCGAAAAGCGUUCGGGAGGAGAGGAUUGACGGUAAGAUUAUGACAUUGCUGCC